CAAGUGUCAUGUUGGCAAAGCGGUGGUGCGUAAUCCGGACGCAGCCUAGGAAAUAAUUUGGACCAAUCGCAAAAAGUAGUGACGAACUUCCUGCUUGCAUUUAUCUCCGUUUCACCGAAGCAGGAUUUGAAAUAGAACAAACUGAAUAUCACACAUGGUUAAUGGAUAAACUCUUGUUGACAACAACAAAGAUGAAGAAGUAGCUCAGUGUAGUGCUACCAACCGCUUAGAGGGGUUUAGUAGGCAGCCUGUUUGCUAUGCCGCACUAUGUGUCUCUACGGUUUGGAUGUCUUGUUUUCCAAGGACGUAGGGAUUUAGGAAGCCACAAAACGCUAGGUCGAAACCUAUUUCUGGAAUAUACGUCUAAUUGCGAGGUGGAAAAAUGAGAAAUGUUGCGACUGUCUUCUGAUCGCUUUUGUCCGUGCUUAUACUGAUCCAAUUUAUCAGAACAGACCCGAUGCAGCACUGGUCGGAUGUUUUCAUCGAAUGGAAGGUUUUAGCUGGUUGCUGUAGUUUUUCUCCUCAUAAUCAGAUCCCACCCGGUCCUGUCGCGACAAUAGGAAGAUAUAACUUCAAAAUAAGUGGAAUUUAUGGGAUCACAAGUUUCAUCAGAAGAGAUGAGUGUGAGAGCGGGGCAGGGUAGUGACGAAGUGCUGGUGUCACAGGCCGUGUGGGAUUACCUGGCAACUGCUGGGAGGCGCUGGCUGCUGGAGUUUGAAGAUAAGCAGGGACUAAGUGCAGGCAUCGUGCGGCGAGGUGAGCACGGGGGCUGCUGUGCUGUGAGACUUCAGCCAGUGGAAGGCAGCAGCCGGGGAAGGGCCAGAAUGAUGGAGGGACCGGUCUCCCCUGCCACACGUAAGGCCUUCAUAGACCUGUGCCGCUGUGCACGCAAGGAGAUGACCAAAUUGGAGGGUGCCCCCAAACGGAAGCGCUCUCUGUUACCUUGCGUGGGGGCCGUCGAGUUGGAUGGGGAAGGUAGUCUGCUUUCCCCGCCUCCACUGCCUCAGCCACGGCGCUCCCAGAGGCAGCAGCAGCAGAGGUCCAGGAGGAGCAGUGACGUGGAGACCUGCCUGGUACUGCCCACGCCUCGCCAAGAGGCGACCCUGCAGCCGAGGACAGAGGCCGAGGCCAGGCCCAUGGUUCCUGUUGCCAUGGCUGUGGUGAGCAAGGAGGAGUCCAGCAGCAGCUGCCCCAUUUGCAUGGGAGAGAUGGUAGACAAAACCACACUAGAGAAGUGUGGACACACCUUCUGCCGCUCUUGCCUACACCAGGCCUUCCUGGUCAAACGGGCAUGCCCGGUGUGCCGUCUGGUGUACGGGCAGCUUAUAGGCAACCAGCCAGCCAAUGGAACCAUGAUGGUGGAGAGAGACCCAGACCUGGAGCUAACUGGGCAUGAGGGCUAUGGCUGCAUAUGCAUCAUCUACAGCUUUCCUCCUGGCUUGCAGGUGGAGGAGCACCCAAACCCAGGAGUCAGGUAUCCUGGCACGGACCGAGUUGCCUACCUGCCCGACAGCCCAGAGGGGAACCGAGUUCUGUGCCUGUUGAGGCGGGCCUUUGAGCAGCGCCUCAUCUUCACUGUCGGCACCUCCAUGACCACAGGCAUGCAUAAUGUCAUCACCUGGAAUGACAUUCACCACAAGACCUCAAUAUGGGGAGGACCACGCUGCUUUGGCUAUCCAGACCCUACUUACCUGGUUCGGGUGACGGAGGAACUUCGAGAGAAAGGGAUAACGGCUGCCUGACGAGCACGCUGCACUUUUAUGAGGACCAACGAGAGGGACAGCAGGGUUUGCAGGCCCACUGAUUAUUUUCUCUCCAGGUCAACCGGAGGCCAACCAUCAACAGCAACAGCUGUGGUGCAAACCAGGACAUGUCCUGUGUUUUGAUCCUGCUAUUCUAUACUAUUAGUAGACAUCUGUUCGGUUCUCCUGAGUUGUGUUCAUGCCAGCUCUUUGAGUGAUGUCAUAGCAAGUCCAAGUGCAAUCCAGUGAUAUCUGUCACUUUUCUUUGGUAAAAGGAGCACUUCCAAAACGAACUGUAAUGCAAGCUGCUUGGCGGGUAGGCAUAGGGUAACCUAUGUGGCAGUUAAAGAGUGUAAACAUUUGACUUACACUGGUAGGAUCAAGCAAAUGUCUGCACUGCCUAAAGUGAAUGUUACGGAUCUUAUUUCAAGCACACAAUAAUAGCUGGUUUUCUAGUCGUCUUGUUAAGUGAAACAAGAUUUGAUGGCUCAGUUAUGUUAUCUGUUCAUGUCUGGGAUAAAUGUGACUGCACAGCUUGGAUGGUUAAUGCCGGGUAGUGCAAAAAAAAAAAGAAGCCCCGGCUCAAGCAGCAUUGCAAUCAGCACUAACAGGCACUUUUGGCCAUGUGGAAACGACGUCAAUGGCUUUAUAAUGGAGAUGGCUGGAUUUCUGCUUUGUGUUCGGGAAGGGAGAGCGAGGCUGGAGGGGUCUUUAUCCGUCACGUGCCCUUUUCUCUUCCGCAGCCUCCAGAUUCGCUACGUUUCUGUGAGGCCAUGUCUGUCCUCCAGAGCCUCUCGCCUCUCCUCCUUUUCGCUCUCCGAGGGAGGGAGGGAGGGAGGGAGUUUCCCAGUGUGCACUCACUGCCCUGAUGGAGUGGAGACCACACAGGAGGCUCUGGGAGCCCAAGUUUAGUUUGUUUACUCCUGUUCAACCUCUCCAUCAAAUGCUUUCCCUUGUUUGGUUAUAUUUGUGAGUUUCAAUGUGCUGUUUUUUCACUAGGGUUGGCGGUCAAACCAUUCAAGAAAUAUUUGAGACUCUGUUUCUCCAUCAGAUUUAUAUGAUGAUGUCAAAGUUUAAAGGGCAUGUACACCACUUGACCAAAUCAAAUGCACAAUUAUUGCUGAAAUGCUUGUGUGUGUUGCUCUUAAAUGCCAGGCCUAGAAACAUGCACAGUAUAGGGUAAGAAAUAUUAUUCUGUUUAGUUGAUUUGUUGAAUUCUAACCAGUUUUAUGUGCAGCGGGGAAAUAAUAAUCAGGAAAUAUGUUUUAAGUUAUUGAUUCACAAUAAAUUAGAAUCGUGCCUUCAAAAGAAA